CGAGUGCGGGUGGGUGCGUGUUGCUGUCAGAGAAAACAUAAAAGUUUAAUAAAAUGCAUUUAUAAAAAUCGUUAAAUCAGUAGAAACAAUAUCGGUAAUAUUUGCAUUAUUGAGUUUUCAAAGUGCACGCGUGUGUGUGUCGAGAAUAAUUACACGAAAAAGGUAAAAAUCGCCGUCGACGACAACUGAAUACCUAAAAGCAGCAACAGCAGCAGCAGCAACAACAAGAAGCAGCAGUAACAGCAGCGGCACGCAGAAUAAAGAAACAAGGAAACAUUUGCACAGCAACCAAACCAAACCAACCAGGCAGCAGCAGCAACAGCAACAACAACAGGCAGCGGCAGCAAUCGACAAGAAAAACCACUUCAACAAAAGAGGAUAACAUAUUGAAAGAGCUCUACGUAUAUACGUAUAGAGCUAUACACAACUACAACAAAUAUAUAUAUACAAAGACGCCAACGGAGCUGCCAACUCACACGUAUAUGUACGUGGGAAAGUAAACCAACAUCUUUUUAACGACACAACAUUGUCGUUCAGUUUUGCAAGCGUUUCAGAGAGCGCCAAGCUAACGAGAGAGGGAGAGAGCGACAGCAGGGCCAGGGACAGCCCUUUGAUAGGAACGCAGCGCACGCAUUCAAAACACGAUCGCAGCUGGAGCAGAGAGCAAGAGAGCGAGAGAGAGAGAGCGUAAAGACUGGUUGGCAUUGCCUAACAACAACCGUUAAUAGCAGAAUUUGUAAAUCACGACGAGUGAGUUAGUUGAGUGGAGCUCGAGCUCUCUCAGAGUUUUGAGCGCUUACCUUACGUGAAAGUGCGUCGUGGGACGUGCGUGAGUGUGCGUGCGUGUGUGAGUUUGUGCUUACGAAACACACUACACAUUGCCUAAAGUCUACAUGAAAGUCUACAAGUCUGCAAGCAAAGCUUAGCGCAAUCAUAAACCACAAAAAAAAAAAAACAAAAGCAAAAUUCGCGUUGUGGGUGUAGACAAUAUACAAAUGAAAACAAUUGUGCUUAGUCCGGACGAUCUACAGAACUUUAACAAGUUCAUAUAUGAUCCAAAAUCAGCUGCACAGCUGGCAGCCAGUGCCGGCGCCAUUGCAGCAGCAAAUCAUGCACAUCACCAGCACCAACACCAGCAGCAGCAACAGUUGCCAGUUGUGAGCAGCGCUGCUGCCGUCGCUGUGGCAGGCAAUGCAGUCAAUAGCGCCAACAAGCUGAUGGCGCUGCACUAUUAUCUGAAUCAACAAGGUCACUAUGUGAGCGCGCCACAGCCGCCGCCAAAUGUGGCAGCAGCACAUGCGCAGCAGCAACAAUUGCUGGCGCAGUCGCAGACGCAACUGAAGCAACUGCAGCUAAAGCAGCCCACCAUACAUCAGCAUCAGCAGCAGCAUCUGAGCUAUCAUCAUCAUCCUUACUAUCAACAGCAGCAGCAGCAACCAACUCAACAGCAGCAGCAACAACAACAUCAGCAAUCGCCCGUGCCUGUGCAUGCAUUGAAUCAGAAUUCCAAUUUCUCAGCGGCCAGCUCGAGCACAGGUGGCACCGGCUCAUCGAGCCAUGCGCCCACACAGCAGUCCAAUGGCUCCAGCGUAUCGCCCACCAUCAUUAGUCAUACGCCAGCACAUGCACAUGCACAUGCACAUGCACACCAGCUGCAUCAUCAUCCACAUCAUCAGCACGCACAUCAUGUGGCUGCGGCGACGCUUAACAGCAACAGCAGCAGCAGCAAUAUUGCAGCCGCUGCCAAUGCGCUGCUGCGCGCCUCUGCUGCUGCCGCUGCUACGGCUGUGCCCGCCUCACCAGCACCCUCAACGGCCUCAUCUAGCUCCUGCGCCUCGAACACAACCUCAGCGUCUGCUGCCGCGUCCACAUCCUCCAGCGCCACAGCGUCUUCAACCAAUUGUGCCAAGAAACUGAAAACAGAGCCGCUGCUCUCGCAAUACAAUCAAACGGAGCGUCUCAAUUUUGCCAACACAUAUAUUGUUUGGAGCGAGGAGCAUUGGCGUCGUGUCAUUUUCCAUGACGAGCGUCGCUUCAAUCUGGAUGGACCCGAUGGAUUCUCUUAUUAUUUUCAUGAUUUGCGCAAUUAUGAGCGGACGCUGUCGCAGCGACCGCGCGGCAAUUCCGUCUACAUUUACCUGAUGAUUAGUGUGGGCGGCGCCAUCAAUCUGGAGGUGUCCUCCGCCAAGCAGCGACCCGAGUCCUGCAUUGAGGCCAUCCUACGUGAACGUCCCAAUAUCAUAAGCAAACUGGGCGGCAGCACAGAGUUUGUGCUGCAGGAUCACAAUUGGACAGCGCAUGCGUUGCCCAGUGCACAGGAGCUGCUCAAUGCCGAGGGAUUAAAGUCCCAGAAGUGGCCCACCAUUGCGCACGAUCUGAAUAUCAUGGAGAACAUUUGGGGCUGGCUUAUACGCGAGGUAUUCGAUGGCGGACGCAAGUUCUCGCGCAAGGACGAUUUGAUUUUCCGCGUUAGAGAAGCGUGGUCGCGGCUUCCGCUCGAUCUGGUCACCAACUUAUAUAGCACGCUCCCCGAGCGAAUUACCGAACUGUACUAUACGCAAGGCGCAUACACGAAUUGUUGACAAAUGACGCCGCCACAGGGACAGACCCAGGAUGAGGAUGACCUUGCGCAUGUGCAGAGUUUAAAAGCUCGGCCGUCGGUACAUUUAAACUUGACUUGGAUUUUUUGUGUAUAGCUUUAAGAAUGUGUGUGUGGGAGCAGCUGCAAAACUGAAUCUGUAACGACUCCGUUUAGUUAGUUUUUAAGUUGAUAAAAAGAACAGUCUGGCAACGCUGUCAGCUUGCUUUGUAAUUAAUGUUAAACCUAACCUGAAAAAAGAUACACCCCCUUUAAUUGUAAGCUUUACUUUUAGUUAACGUUUAUUAAAUCAGCCAACCCCACCCCGAAAACCUUUUCUAUACCCCCCCCCCCC